ACAUGAGAUGCACGUGUCGUAGGGUUUUAAGCUGUACGAAAGGUUUUUGUAGCGUUCGUCUAGCUUCCAUUGCCGAAGUAAUGACCGAACAGACACCGUAAACCGCCUCCGCCAUGAAACACCUUUCCUCCAUAACCGUCUUCCUUAGCUCUUCUUCACGCUCCCUUUUCCGCCGUACACCCUUCUUCUUCAAUCCCGAACAUGAGACAACACUCGUCGGAAUCUCCCAUUUCUCAACCUCAUCAUCACCAGACUCCUACCAUUCACAUUCAAGAAGAAAUUCAGAGGAUGUUAGAAACGUUAGGGUUUCUGUUUGGUGGGACUUCGAGAACUGUCAAGUACCGUGUAACGUUAAUGUCUAUAAAGUUACUCACUUUAUUACGUCUGCUGUUAGAUCAGUCGGUAUCAAAGGACCUAUUCAGAUCACGGCGUUUGGUGACGUUGUUCAGUUGUCUAGGUCUAAUCAGGAGGCUUUGUCUUCCACUGGGAUCAACCUUACGCAUAUUCCUAAUGGGGGCAAGAACAGUGCAGAUAGGUCUCUUCUAGUGGACCUUAUGUAUUGGGUUUCUCAAAAUCCACCACCCGCUCAUCUUUUUCUAAUAUCCGGGGACAGAGACUUUGCUAGCACCUUACACCGCUUACGAAUGAACAAUUACAACGUGUUGCUUGCUAGUACCGAUAACGCUCCCGCAGUUCUUUGUAGUGCUGCAAGCAUCAUGUGGCAGUGGACUUCAUUGGUCAAAGGGGAAAAUCUAACUGGAAGGUAUUUCAACCAACCUCCAGAUGGUUCUUACGCUUCAUGGUACGGCCAUUACAGAGUUCCUCUUGAAGACCCUUUUGCAGUUUGCAACCACGUUUAUAACCAAACUUCAUCUGUGCAAUCAGAUGAAACUUCUAAUUCCGACAAUAUUCGUCCGAUUCCUAAACCAGUUAUGAAUGCGAUACGUAAUACGUUGAACUCAUAUCCUAAAGGGAUCUCGAUCACAGAACUUCGAUCUGAAUUGGGGAAGAGUAAUAUUACAAUCCAUAAGGAUUGGUAUGGUCAUAAGAAGUUCUCCGCUUUUCUCAUGGCCAUGCCAAAUUUGUUGCGACUUCAAUCUCAGAAGGAUGGUCAACAUAUCGUACAUGGAAUUAGCCCAAAAAGUAACGGUCCUGAUACAGUUUCUGGUCCCGGUACUAUAAAAGAUUCAAAGGACUCGGUUCCAGUUGUUACUUUGAAGGAAGAUGUUGCUAACAGGGAAAUAUUCUCAGCUUCUUCCAAGUUAGAUAAUGAAAAUAAUUCUACAGAGUCCCAAGCACUUCCAAUAAAAGAGGAACAGCCGCCACAACAAGUUUUGGAACAGCCGCCUGUUGUUGAGAAGUUGGAGAAGGUUGAAGUCAACGUCGGUCAAGUGUGUCCAGCAAAGAUAAAUAGAGCUGAACCUGAAGUGGGAUAUUUGAAGUCUUUGUGGAGAAAAUGGUUUAGAGGUAAUGAUGAUAAUGAUUGUUUUACUACGCAGAAUAGCACUGGUGCAGUAAACGUUGAUGGGAACUGUUCGGUUUCAAAAGAUCAAUCGUCUGAGGAGGGGAAAGUAUCCCGAUCUUCUUUAUUGACUAGUGAAGUUGUUCAAGAUGCAAAAAUCGGUGGAAAAUCUACAGAAGUUGCAGAUAAAGUUAGCAAGCCUCGUGGCAUCUUUAGUCAGAUUGCGGGAUGGUGUAAAUUUUGGGAAAGUGAUAAGAACGCUGAUGAUCUGAAGGCAGAAUCAAGGAAAACUGAUGAAGAGGUAUCGAGAUAUUCCGAGAUGAAGGAAAUCUUCACGGAAUCUUUUUGGAAUGACGUGUUGGCUUUCUUAGAAAGCUCCAAAGGUUCAGCCUCAAUUUUGCAGUCUAAGACCAGGCAGGAGAUGGUGCACAACUUCAAGCAAUUCGGACCGUCUCAACUUCAAUCUUUAACUGAAAAGCAUAUUUUACACCUCGUGGACGCACUAAUUUCCGAGAAAAAAUGGGUGGUAGAAAACCCAACCAGGACUUUUCCUUUCAGAAUCGUUGGACCUUCUAGAAGCAGCUCGUCCAGCAAACCUUUAAAUUCAAAAGGAUCUGCAAACAACAAUGAUUCACAAGUGCAAAAACAGGAAACAGGACCGAAAAUUUCUCCCAAAAACAGAAGUCAGAUAUUAAGCGAUUGCCAGAAGCUUGUGAACGAGGUCGUUAAAGAACAUCCCGAAGGUUUCAAAAUUUGCAUCUUUAAAAAACUAUUCCUAGAAAAGUACGGUUAUCAUUUGGAAGUUCAACAACUUGGUUACCAGAAGCUUGCAACUCUGCUUCAGAUCAUGCCAGGGGUGAAGCUAGAAUCCAAUCAUAUUUUUCCGUCUGGUGGUGGUUUUCGUUCAAAAGAUGCCGAUGUAUCAAAAAAGGACGAUGAUAUUGAUACCCAAUGGGAAGAACUGGGACCCAUUGAACGAAUGAAAACAAAGAAAGAUGAUUUUGAAACCGUUUCGGAUAACGAUCUGUCUGAUUCAGAUUCAGAAAGUACUCCAACAGAAGUACAAAACCAAACAAAGGGUAGGAAAGAAGAAAGCUCGUUAUUGCAGAUACUCGAUUCAUGGUAUAGUAACAAAGAGGAUACCACGAGCAGGAUAACAUCAGACGGGUCUGAGAAACCGCCUUUGUAUGAUGAUGCUGAUAAGCAAAAACCUUCAAAACGUUACUCGUUUGUGGCUGAUAAACCUGUGGAUGGCAAUGAAAACUUGAUUAAUGGCAUAUUGGGCAGCUUGAAGAAACCAGAAAACAGUUCAGCAGAGUCCAAGUUUCAGGGCUGAACGGUUUUUCAUUACAGAAAGUCAUCCUGGCUGGCUGGAAUUUUUCAUGAUUGGGCCAUAAGGGUUUCGUUGCAGGUCAUCAAGCCUCGACGAUAACGUGUAACCGAAUAUGAUAUUUAUUAUUAUGUUGCCAUUGUCGCUACACCAUUUUAUGUACGUGUCGCCAUUUAGGGAACUAUGUUCACUCGUGAGAGCCUAAUCGUGCAGUAUGCACGAAAACAUAAAGCGACCCAUGUGUCGCGCAUGAGAGUUGGGAAUUUACUUCAUGGCACGUUUUGUUUUCGAGGUU